AUGCAGAGACCUCAGGUCACGAGUGCCGCUGGAUCGACAGUGCGCAGACCCAUCCUCCUCAUCGACAUUAUGGAUACAGUGGUUCGUGAUCCAUUCUACGAGCACAUGCCUGCCUUCUUUGGGAUGACCUUUCAAGAGUUGAUGGAGGCCAAGCACCCCGAGUCCUGGGUCAAGUUUGAGCUGGGCCACAUCUCAGAGCAGGAUCUUUACGACAACUUCUGGAGGCCCGGGGCUGCCGGUGUGCCCUUUGAUGGGGCUGCGCUCCGUGAGCACAUGGCCUCCCGGUACAGCCUGCUCCCAGGGAUGGCCGAGCUGCUGCAGCGUCUGGCCGCCGCCGGCUACGAGCUGCACGCCUGCAGCAAUUACCCGACCUGGUGGCGGGAGGUUGAAGCACGCCUCCGCCUCGGCGACCUGCUGCCCUGGACCUUCCUCAGCUGCGAGGGGCCCAUGCGCGGCCUGCGCAAGCCCGACCCCGCCGCCUUCCAGGCAGCCGCCCUGCAUCUGGGGGUCCUGCCGGCAGACCUCCUUCUGGUGGAUGACCGGGAGGUCAAUGCCCAGGCGGCACGGGGUCACGGCAUGCGGGCCGUGCGCUUUGUGGACACGGGCCGCUUGGAAGAAGAGCUCCAGGCCGCGGGUCUGGAAUUCUGA